AUGACUUGCGCACAUCUUAUAACACAAACACGAACCACGUGCCAUGUUGUAACGAAUCAACAGUUACAUAAUCAAAUAGCGGAUUUCUGGAAAAUUGAACAAUAUAUUGAUGAAGGACGUCGCAUCGACAAAAAUCAUUAUUGCGAGAAACAUUUCGUGUCAACUUCAAUUCGGGAUAACGACGGACGACACGUGCUUGCAAUUCCCUUCAAGGAAGAGAUUAACGAUCUAGGACAUUCGAGACAACAAGCAGAACGCCGACUACUUGCAUUGGAACGAAGGUUGACCAAACAACCGCAGAUUCAACAAGAAUAUAUUGCCUUUAUGAGGGAAUAUGAAGAACUUGGACACAUGACAAAACUGAACGAGGAGCAACGUGAAGAUGGAUUCUAUUUACCGCAUUGCGCCAUCAUAAAGGAGAGCAGCAGCACCACAAAAUUGUGCGUAGUUUUUGAUGGAUCCUCAAAAACUACAACUGGACUAUCCCUGAACGAUGUACAGAUGGCUGGACCAGUGGUACAAGAGGAUCUACUGUCGAUUUUAUUACGUUUCUGCAAACAUCGGUAUGUUCUGUCAGCAGAUAUCGCGAAAAUGCAUCGCCAAAUACGCGUACGUAAGGAAGAUCGUCGCUUCCAAAAAAUAGUAUGGCAAGAAAAUAGUACCUUGCCAAUUAAAACGUAUGAAUUAAAUACUGUGACGUAUGGGACAACAUCCGCACCUUUCCUGGCGACCAGAACCCUGCAAUGCAUUGGAGAAAUGUAUGCAGAAGAUUCUCCUGCCGCCAGUCCCAUAAUCUUGGAAGAUUUCUACGUAGACGAUCUUUUGACUGGCACGGACUGUUUAGAAGAAGCGAUCAAAUUAAAAAAUGAUGUAUCAUCUAUCCUGGCAACAUCGGGUUUUGAACUCCGGAAAUGGGCAACGAACAAGUCGCGUAUUUUGAAUCCAUCGGAUGGAGUACAAUCCCACGUACAUAUUACACCCGACAAGGAUGUAAAAACGCUCAACUUCUCUGGGAAUCGCAGACGGACAUACUGCGAUUUCUAG